AUGGCCUCAGUGAGGAAAGAAUCCAAGAAGAGUCACAACCCGGUAGAGAGUGUUUGUCGAAAAAUCAGAGCCAUUCGGAAGAGAGAGGCCCUUUUGAAUCCGAUUCAACAGAUUGCUAAAUGCAAGUCCAGCAGCCCUGACAGUCCACAGUCUAAAACCAAGAGAGCCUUUGGGGAGAUGCUGGCGAGAGUGACUGCUACUCAUGUUCCUGUGCUGGACUCCCACUUCUCAAGUUCUGAGAGAAGGCACAGCCUCGCUUCCCGCCCUGAAACCAUGUCCUCAAGAACCUCGCCCAGCUCUCCUCAGGACGGCCUGGACUUGGUUGUUCUGGAGAGUUCUGCGAACUGCUCACAGCAGAGGCUGUGGAGCGACCAGCAUCCUCCAUCUUUGGAGUCUCAGUCUGGCCGAGGGGGAUGCUUCCCCAGCAAGGAUUUAGGUGGUAGCUGCAGUAUGAACUCUUUGUGCACCUCAGACCUUGGCUUUCUUCGCAGCUCUGAGAGGGACACUAUGUUUUCCACUCCUUGGGAUCAGGUGGUGAGAAAAUUAUCUCUGAAUGAGGAUGGGUUGAAAACAGAAAGUGAGGGUAUCCAGGCAGACGGAGCCUACAGUGCCCAUGGGACCCAUGGAGAAGAAUUUCUGGCAGGCGUUUUUCAAGAGUUGGACACUGAGCACAGAGGCACAGUAGGAGUCAACAAAAUAAUGACUUACCUGAGACAAACCACUGGCCGAGACUCAGAAGACAGUGUCCUUGAAGAGCUGGGGACCAUGCUUGAUCCUGAAAAUACAAACCCAUGUGUGGACCUGGACACCUUCCAGGGCAUCAUGAAGAAGUGGAUAGCUCACUAUAUGACCAGGAGGGAAGGAACAAGGAGUCGAUGGAGUGGCAGCUGGGAUGACUCUGUGUUUGAACCACAGGAAGAUGUGAGACCAGAUGGGCCAAGCUGCGAGCUGCUCCAGGAUUUCAGGGCAUGGAAGAAGGAGAUGUCUGACUUAAUGACAUGUGUUGCGGACCUGCACUCCAACAAGCAGAAACUGGAAGAGGAGAACAGAACAUGUAAACUGGCAUUAGAAGCCAUGGAAGAAGCCAACAGGCAGCUGGCAGAGGACUGCACCAGCCUGCACCUUCAGAUGAAAACUGCCCAGCAAGCUGUCAGGAGAGGCGGUCUUUUGAAGGAGGAGCUGGAGGACCUGAAGGUCACCAUGGCUGUGUCAGAAGAGCAGAAGACCAUGGCCGUGGCCCAGAACAAGCAGUUAGAGACAGAAAUCAGGACUCUGCUUCUUAAGGUUCGGGCUCUCCAAGAAGAGAAUAUUAAGAAUGUCAGGGACAUAGACUCUCUGGAAAAGAAGAUUGAGGAAUUAUCUGAAACCAAGAAAGAGUGUCAAAUGCAGUUGCACAUGUAUGAGGACAUACUGCUUACUAAAGAUGCAAGUUUGCAAAAGAAGGAUUUAUGCAUAGAAGAACUUGAGUCAACCAUCAUGGAAUACAGACGCAUUCUAGAGAAUUUACGAGAAGAUAAGAACAACCUGGGCCAGGAGUUACAGCUCUUGCAGCACAAACUCAUUGUGUGA